AUGCAAGUGAUCGCAAAAGAAAAGCCACCACUGAUUUCACCGGGAAAAGCUGCAUCCUCAAAUCAGCCAACGAUUCCCCUGCGUUCAUUGCCGAUUAAAAGCAAGCAUCGUUAUUCCUGCAAUGGAAAAAUCGGUCUGAGAAAUCCGUUCUCAUCAGCUGCUUAUGCUUCUUCAUCCAACACACUUUGCGUUGCAUUACCGGCAACAAUGACAAAAAAAACAUUGAAGAGAACAGCGAAACGUAUGGAUGAAACGGGCAAAAAAGCGCGGAUCCUGGAAAAUGCUAUCAAUAGUGUUGCAGAGCACAACCAACAUCGGUCCAUAUUCCACUCUGCGGAACAACUGGCGCAGUCCGGCUAA